AUGGCGACUGAUUCGCAACCAAACCAAAAGCUAACGAUUCCAUUAAAAACCAGAAUCGCUCUCUCCCUUAUCUCCACCUUCACCGAUAAUGCUCAACGUCCCGACGGUUCAAUCAACCGUCGUUACCUCCGCCUCUUCGAUUUUCGUGCUUCUCCCAAUCCUAAACCAAUCAACACCGUCUCUUCCUCCGAUUUCGUCGUAGAUCCAUCCCGUGAUCUCUGGUUCCGAUUGUACACUCCACACGUCUCCGGCGACAGUAUUCCCGUCGUCGUUUUCUUUCACGGCGGAGGUUUCGCUUUCUUAAGCCCUAAUUCGUAUCCUUACGAUAAUGUAUGCCGCAGAUUCGCGAGGAAAUUACCUGCUUACGUCAUCUCCGUUAACUACCGUCUAGCUCCGGAGCAUCGUUACCCAGCUCAAUACGACGACGGAUUCGACGUGUUGAAAUUCCUCGAGGAGAAUCGCGACACGGUGCUCCCGGCGAACGCUGAUCUGUCGAGAUGCUUCCUCGCCGGAGACAGCGCCGGUGGAAACAUCGCUCACAACGUAUCGAUCAGAAUCUGUCGCGCUAAUUUCACCGCCAUGAAACUCAUCGGACUCAUCUCGAUCCAACCUUUCUUCGGCGGUGAAGAGAGAACUGAAGCGGAGAAAGUCCUCGUCGGAAUGCCUCUGGUUUCGCCGGAUCGAACGGAUUGGUGCUGGAAAGCGUUGCUUCCGGAGGGAUCAAACCGUGACCACGAGGCGGCGAAUCCAAGCGCCGGCGAUAUUUCGGAUCUGGAUUAUCCGGAAACGAUGGUGGUUGUGGCCGGGUUCGACCCGUUAAAGGAUUGGCAAAGAAGUUACUACGAGUGGGUAAAGUUAAACGGGAAAAGAGCAACACUAAUCGAGUAUCCAAACAUGUUUCAUGCGUUUUAUAUCUUCCCUGAAUUACCGGAGUCAGGUCAGUUAAUCCAACGGAUCAAGGAUUUUAUUACGGAGCGCGUGGCUUCACUCUCCGGUUAA